UCAGUCCAGCGGCAAAGGUGUGUACAGUAGACCGGUCCGAGACGUUAGAAAGCGUAUCAAUUCUGUAAUUCCAGAAGAUGGCAGCAUCUGUUGUCACCAUAUUCAUUGCUGUGUUCGUGAUAGCCACUAUAGUUAAUGAAGCCAAGGCAGCUUGUUGUAAAGAGGAUAAGUCUGGGUGGUGUAUAGACUGCACUGAGAGCACUCCAUAUUGUGGGUACGGGAAGUGUAACAUUUUUGGCUGUGCUUGCGAUGGAGGCUGCAGAAAGGACUGCAACCCCUGGUACAGCGAUUGGCAUCGUCCGCCUUUCAGGUACGGCUAUUACCGAAAGUGCGAAUGCCUUAACAAGAGAUCAGUGAAAGAUGUGCCCCAAGGCGGUAUUGUCGCUAGACGCAGACGCAGACGGGUAUGAUCAAAUUCCAAGAGCUGAUUGUCAAGAAGACAAGAAUCUUAGCAGACAAAGUUAUUUUCGGAUUACUAAAGAGUCCUCUUGUUGAGAAUACCAAUAUGUUAUCAUUCUCUUGAUUUAUCUAAUUGUCAAUUUUAAUUUCAUGCAAUUAAAAUGGAUUU